GCAUGAGAGCAUGACUGCGGAAUUCACCCAGAAAUACCACCAUAGUGAGUCUGGUUUCUGAUAAGAGUCACUGAGAGAGAGACCCAGAUAUGGAAAUAGCGGUUAACCCCCUCUCAUGGGGGUUGAAUCCUAAGAUGAUUCACCACAAGCAAACAGUUCUUCCAAAUUUUUUUUCUAUCAGACCAUGUUGUUCACUCCAGAUGAAAUACAAUACCCAAGCCUUUCGCGUAAGAGCAAUCCAUAAAUAUUGUCCUGCUGUUUGUGCCGUGUCAUCAGGUGUCAAAGAUCCUGGAGUUUCUUCUUCUCAAUUUGAAGACUUUUCAGUUACUGCUACUAGUACUGGCAAUGCUAAAGAACUGAAGAUUAGCGUGGAGUUAUCUGGUGUCAAGACUCGAACAAUUUUUGACAAUGUGUUUUCUAAAAUGGUAGCUGAUGCUCAGCCCAUUCCAGGUUUUCGAAGAGUAAAAGGAGGAAAAACACCCGAUAUACCCAGAGACAUCCUUUUAGAAGUCCUUGGUCCUUCUAAAGUUUAUAUGCAGGUUAUCAAAAAAGUAAUCAACUCCACUGUUGCUGAAUAUGUAGAAAAGGAAGGUAUAAAGGUAAGCAAAGACCUGAGGGUUGAGCAGAGCUUCGAAGAUCUUGAGGACGCAUUUGAACCGGGCGAAGAAUUCAGAUUUGAUGCAGUUGUUCAGCUUCAAGAAAUGGAUUAAUUUUAUUAAGCAAAGACCUGAGGGUUGAGCAGAGCUUCAAAGAUCUUGAGGAGGCGUUUGAAACCGGGUAAAGAAUUCAGAUUCAAUGCAGUUGUUCAGCUUCAAGAAAUGGAUUGAAUGAACUAUGAACUUUGAUUCUCCAUUGAAAGUUUUGUAGUUUUUAAGGUUACAUUACAUAGAAGAAGCUUGUGUGUCAUCUGAUCCAGUGUUUUAAUUGAGAGUUGGGGAUUCAUUUCUUCUUGGGUCAA